UCAAAAAAUGCUGUGUCGAGGCUUUACACACAGGAAGCAAAUACACAUUUCACAAUAAGAGCGUUACAAACACACACACACACACACACACACUCACUCCUCCCCUCACACACAGGGUAUAGUCCCGACGACUUCAAAGAGGCAGACGGAGCUCUCUGAUGGUCCCCUGAAGCGGCCGUGGUGUGCACUUUGACCCCCCGGGAGGAAGAGGAGGCAUGAGGAAGAACUACAGCGCCAACCCGCUCAUCUACGUGUCCGAGGCGGAGCGCAUCGCCUGCGAUGCCAACACGCUCGGCAUCCCGGUGCCCAUCCGCCGCGGCGGCUCCGAGUCCAACCUGGACGUGGUGGACAGCGUCGGGGACGACGGCGUGGGCCUGGACUUCACCAAGGGGGCGCUGGGCAUCGACAGCCUGCAGCAGAAGAUCCUCAAGGUGGCGGAGCAGAUCAAGGUGGAGCAGGCGGCUCGCGACCAGAACGUCGCCGAGUACCUGAAGCUGGUGAACAACGCCGACAAGCAGCAGGUGGGCCGGAUCCGCCAGGUCUUCGAGAAGAAGAACCAGAAGUCGGCGCACACCAUCGCGCGGCUGCAGCGGAAGCUGGAGCAGUACCAACGGCGGGCGAAGGACGGCGAGGCCAACGGGAAGCACCAAGGAGGCGGCAAGGAGUCCGGCAGCAAAGAGGGCAGCCUGCGCGACGUCAGCGCCGCCGGGCGCCACCACCCGGCGCUGGACAAGGUGAAGACGGCGGGGGCGCCCGGCGUGUCGCUGUCGCCGCCGUUCUUCUUCAACAAGUCGCGGGAGUUCGCCAACCUCAUCCGGAACAAGUUCGGCAGCGCCGACAACAUCGCCCACGUGAAGAGCUCCAUGGAGGCGGGCUCGGGGGGGCUGCACGCGGCGGACGGCGCGGCGCGGGGCCUGAGCGGCAGCGCCACCACGGUGGCCAAGGCCUCCAAGUACCAGAGCGACGACGAGUGCUCCACGGGGACGUCGGUGUCCGCCGACUCCAACGGGAACCCGGCCGGGGGCUCGGGGGCGGGGUCCGGCGGCGCCAGGAGGUCGGACUCCAACGGGCGCCUGGGGGAGGUGCUGGACAUGGUGCGCGAGAUCAGGGAGGCUCAGGUGCAGCUGGCGGAGGACAUGGAGGCCCUGAACACGCAGUUCAAACGAGACAACAGCUACUUCGCCCAGAUGAUGCAGGAGGAGCGAUACAGGUAUGAGCGGUUGGAGGACCAGUUAAAUGACCUGACGGAGCUCCACCAGAACGAGACGGGUAACCUGAAGCAGGAGCUGGCCAGCAUCGAGGAGAAGGUGGCCUACCAGGCCUACGAGAGGGCCCGGGACAUCCAGGAGGUGCUGGAGUCGUGUCAGACCCGCGUGUCGAAGCUGGAGCUGCAGCAGCAGCAGCAGCAGACGGUGCAGGUGGAGAACACCGACGCCAAGGUGCUGCUGGGCAAGUGCAUCAACAUCAUGCUGGCCAUCGUCACGGUGAUCCUGGUGUGCGUCUCCACGGCGGCCAAGUUCACCGCGCCGCUGCUGCGCAGCCGCCUCCACCUGGCGCUCACCUGCGUGGGCGUGUCCGUGCUGGCGCUGCUGUGGAAGAACUGGGAACACUUGCAGGGCGCUCUGGAGCGACUGCUCCUCCCGCGCUGAACGAGGACCGGGAAAAAAAAACACCGAACCCGGACCCCCCCCCCCCCCCCCCCACACACACACACACACACACCCCCCCACCAAGAAGGGGUCACGAGGUUUACAGGCAGCCUCACACCUGCCCUGGUUUUGGGGCUCCGCGGUGGCUUUCUCUUUCUGCGCUUUGCAUGUCUCGAUGGGGUCCACGGAAAGCCUUUUUUUCCCAGAAUGCACCUGCACCGUAAUAUAAGUGAUAUAACUGAGAUUCACGACGUUGCCGACGCUGCAAACGUAUAAAACCUUUGACACAACGCUGACAUGGAGUCUCACUACAGUCCAUCGGGUCACCUGGAAUGAGUUCUUCUGAGGAUUCCGGUUCACAACAAGACACUAAGAUCUAAAUAUCGAGGAUUUCACCGGCGCGGUGGGAACACGGCGGUUAUUUCCUGUCCUUUCUUUUUCUCUCCAGCCGGCUGCGACGACACAAAGACACCCGGAGGUUGACUUGUGCCGCGCUCCGGUCCGUCCCGUGUUUCUGUCUCGUUUCUUGUCAUUUACGAGGACAUUUUUUAAAAGCUGCUGUUUUAAACCGUCGAUGUGUAUGUGUGUGUGUGUGUGUGUGUGUGUUCAUGUACUGUACAUCUACUUAUGUGUGUGUGUAUAUAUGUGUCACAUGAUGUUUUGCUUCCUUGGAGACAGUUUGGUGAAGGCGUUUACACUACAUAUGAAUCUAGAGCCGAGAGAUGGUUAGCUUGGCGUAAAGACUGGACACAAAGGGGAAGGGACUAGCCUGGCUCACUUAUUAACACAUUGAUUGGUUGAGAAGACCAAUUAACAUGUUAUUAACACAUUAAUCUGUUAAUUAUCACGUUAAUUGGAAAGAGCCCACGUCUAGAUAUGAGUCGAGAGCCGAGAGAUGGUUAGCUUAGCAUAAAGCCUGUACCCGAGUUCAAACGGCUAGCCUGUUAUACAUAUAUAUAUAUUAUAUUAUAUUAUAUUGUUUAAAUACAACACUUUUAAGUGCUUUCUGUCACCUGUUGUUCUCAUGUGUUCUUGUUUUGUUAGCUUUCAGACAGAACCAGGCUAGCUGAUUCCCCCGUUUCCAUUCUUUGAGCUAAGCUAAGCUAAGCUAACCUUCUAACUCUGUAAGAAAGCUCAUGAGCACAUUUCCCAAAAUGUCAAACUAUUCCUUUUGCAAAAGGAAAACUUUUAAACUGCCGAUUUGAUGCUUUGGUUCUCUCGUCAUGUGAAGUUGAAUGUGUUUUUUCCCCGGGUAACGUAGGCGCUGCUUUAGCAUCGACCAGCUAGCCUGUGAACUGUGAUGAGGCCCAGACCACCAGAGAGAAGCUCGAGCAUGUUUUGGCUUAUUUGUUGUUGUAUUGCCUUUUUCUUGUUUCUUUUCUUUUUUUAUGAGAUGAAUAGAAUAAAUUAACUUUUGUGUAAAAGCCUUUUGACGUUCGUACUGCGUUCAAGUCCUGUAGGAAUAACGAAAGGGAACGUCUUGAAAUGAUUCCCACCUGAUGAAACGUGUAUUUAAUGUAAUCUUUGAUUGAUUACUACGCAUAAUAAUUCCCUUCGGACUCAAUCAAGGUGAAACCAGCGCACAAAAUCAUAUUUGAAGAAGUAAGAAUUGAUGUUUUACUUCAAAUAAAUAUUUCCGUUGGUUGUUUUUUUUGCAGUAGAAUACUGAAAUGUCAGUAAUAUCAACCCUGUGGUGACUGUUAUUUUUCCCACGUGACAUGAAUGCAGCAUUAUAAAUUAGACAGGGAACAUGUAGCUCCGUGGUCUCCAGCCCUGUAUCACUGUGAUGAUAGAAUAUAGAAUAUACACUUUUAUUAAUCCCCAAGGGGAAAUUAGUUCUCUGCAUUUAACCCAUCCUUAGUUAUUAAGGAGCAGUGGGCUGCGGUGAAGCGCCCGGGAAGCAACUGGGGGUUCAGUGCCUUGCUCAAGGACACUUCGACUUGCAACUAAUGGGGAGAGCGGGGAUCGAACCCACAACCCUGCGGUUGCAGGACGGCCCUCUUACCCCACUGAGCUAAAGCCGCCCCUGAUGAUGAUGGGGGGGAUGAAGCCUCGUCGAUGCAGCCUAUUUUCUUCUUCUUUUGUAUUCUGUUUGCGUCCCUUAGAAAAGCCAAAUAUGGACAGACGCUUUUCUAAAUAACAGAUUUUAUUAUAUUUUUUUGUUUUUUGAUGGGUCUAAAAAAAUAUAUAUUUAUAUAUUUCCAAUUUUUUUUUUUUCCAAAUUUUUUUUUUUUACCUGCUCUUCAGGAGAGAACAUGCACCUCCUCUCUCCUUCAGCUUGUCAGGCCAUGAUGUAUAUUUUCAUAUUCUCGUCUCUCUUCUAUGUGCAUCACUUUCCGGUUAUGGGCUUUCCAUAACGUUCUUCUUAUUUUCAUAUGAGAAAAUAAAUCAGAUUUUGUUUAAAGAUC